GGUACAUACCGACCGCAUCGACCAUCUUGCCAGCCAACGACCUUGGUUCGAGCUAUACUUGCAAGCCAUCCUUGUGCAGCAUCUGGCUUCGACUUUGAAGUUGCAUGAUGUGUUCCGCCAAGAUCUCUAAGGCUCAACAUCGUGUCUACCUCUCAACUUUGUACAUCGGCAAGACCGAGCACGAGCUCAUUUCUACUAUCCGUACAGCACUCCAGAACAACCCCAGCCUGCAUGUGUCCUUUCUCACCGACUCACUCCGUGGAACACGUGAGACGCCAGACCCCUCAAGCGCAUCUCUCCUCGCACCUCUGAUUUCAGAGUUUGGCUCAGAGCGAGUUGAAGUGCGCAUGUACCACACACCCAACCUGACCGGCAUCCGAAAGAAGUAUAUUCCCCGACGUAUCAAUGAAGGCUGGGGUUUGCAACACAUGAAGUUGUAUGGUAUGGACGACGAGAUCAUCAUGUCCGGCGCAAACCUGAGUUCGGACUACUUCACCAACCGCCAGGACCGCUACCACCUCUUCCGCUCGAAAGACCUGACGGAUUACUUCGCCAAGGUUCAUGACGGGGUUGCAAAACUUUCAUUCGACAUCCAGCCAUCCUCCAAGGAAGGCUCGGGCGGCUACACCAUGACCUGGCCGACCAGCAACCCGGCCCCCUCCCCCCUCGACUCCCCUUCGCAAUUCAAAGCCAGUGCAGCCAAACACUUAAGCCACCUCCUCACCCCCUCCAACUCGCCACCCACGACCUCCUCCACACCAACCACAACGACAAUCUACCCUGUCCUUUCUCUCGUCCCGCUGCUAUCCACCUCUACCGAACUCCCGGCCCUCACCAAAAUCCUCACCGCGCUCACCCGCCCGCCCCUCACAAACUCGACCUGGACCUUCACCGCCGGCUACUUCAACAUGACGCCUGCCUUCCGGCGCCUCCUGCUCUCGACGCGACCCGCUACCGGCACCGUGCUUACGGCGCACCCGCACGCCAACGGCUUCUACGGCAGCAAAGGCGUCAGCGGGAUGCUGCCGGAUGCGUAUACGCACCUCGCGAAGACGUUUGUGCGGAAAGUCCGACACGAGGGGCUGGACGGGAGCGUGGCGCUGAAGGAAUGGAAGUACGGGCGCGUAGACCAGGAGGGCGGGUGGACGUAUCACGCCAAGGGGCUGUGGGUUUCGCUGCCGUCGGUGGCGGCUGGGACUGGUACUGCCGCUGCCGCGGCUACGGCUGACAGUGCUGCCGCCGGGACCCCGGAAGACCCAGUUCUCACCGUGCUCGGCAGCAGCAACUACACCAAGCGCUCGUACUCACUCGACCUUGAAGCCAACGUAGUUAUCGCCACGACGGAUGCGGGACUGCGGCGCCGUUUGGGCGAGGAAGUUGCGUGGCUGAAUGAGCAUGCGGCGCCGGUGGCGGAGGCGGACUUCGAGACACCGGAGCGGAAGGUCUCGCUAGGGGUCAGAUUGAGUAUGUGGGCUGUUCGAGUUCUGGGCGGGGCUCUCUGAAGGGGGAGUGAGGUUGGCUGGUUGUUCUAGUGUGGGCAGGAUUAGGAUGAGAUGCAGCGGCGGAGGUAGAAAGGUGCGCAGUGUAAGACUACGGAUGUACGCAGUGUGAGACUACACAUAUUCAUCCAUACAUCCAGCCAUUAUACAUCAAGUACAAUGACGUGUGUGCUAUGAGUACAUGUUGGUUGUGUGUCUAG